CCCAUGCGGUGGAUGCUGCGUGUGUUGGCGUGGCAGCCGUACAUGAUGCGAUGGUCACGCUUUCGCGUACGCGAAGCUCUGAAUACGGUGUACACUCUCAGCAUCCUGAUCAUUCUGCUGUACCACUACUACAUGGACUCCUUCCUGUGCUAUAUCUGGUCCUCGUAA